GGGAGUAGGAAGGAAGGAAGGUAAAGAGAGAGAGAGCCCCGGUCGCCCUGCCGGUCUGCGAUGACUGAAACGGAGGUGGGGGGCAGUUAUGGAAGCUGAGCCAAGCCGCUUCUCUUGCUCCUGAUUGGGAUCGGUGGCUUUCCGGCGCCUGCAGAAAGGACCAGCCCCGCUGGAAAUAGGCGCGGGAUCUCCUCCUCUUCGCAGGGUGUGCCUGUCUUAAGUGACGUCCAUGAAGCUGGGUUAAUGUUGAAGCUGAAGAGCCCGUACCCAGAGCAAGGGGGAUUCGCUUCCCUGGCCCACGUGCCCUCUUUCCAGCUGGAGCACAGCUACCCACAGCACAUGGAUGGCAAUGGGAGCUUGAAUGGAAGUGGGGGUGGGCAGAAAGAGGGCCUUCAUUACCCCUUGCCCACUACCUUAGCCCUCAUCUUCCUGGCCACCCUGCUCAUGAUCUUCACCAUCUUUGGCAACGUAUUGGUCAUCAUUGCUGUCUUCACCAGCCGGAUGCUGAAGGCGCCUCAGAACCUCUUUUUGGUUUCCUUGGCCUCAGCAGACAUCCUGGUGGCCACCUUGGUCAUUCCCUUUUCUCUUGCCAAUGAACUGAUGCCCCAGUGGUAUUUUGGCAAGGUGUGGUGUGAGAUCUACCUGGCUUUGGAUGUACUUUUCUGCACCUCUUCCAUUGUGCAUCUCUGUGCCAUCAGCUUGGAUCGCUACUGGUCCAUUACCCAGGCCAUUGAGUACAACCUUAAGCGCACACCACGCCGCAUCAAAAGCAUCAUCUUCCUGGUUUGGGUCAUCUCAGCGGUCAUCUCUUUCCCACCGCUUAUCUCCAAUAUGAAGCAGGGUGAACCCGAGAAGCAGCUCCACGAACAAACAGAAUUGAAAUCUGAGAACAAGUUGCUCAGCUGCAGUAUCAGUAAGGAGACCUGGUACAUCAUCUGUUCCAGCAUUGGUUCCUUCUUUGCUCCUUGCCUUAUCAUGAUCCUGGUCUAUAUCCGUAUCUACCAGAUUGCGAAAAGGAGGUCUCGAGUGCCUCUCAACAAGCAAGGGGAGACUGGUGAGAGGAGACAAAAUGGCCUGGAUAACAAAGACGAUAUGCCUGCGAUAACCAAGCUCAAUGGGGGGAAGACAGCGUUGGCAGGAGAAACCCAGGAAGCAGAAGUCAAUGGUAUAGACAUGGAGGACACAUCUUCUUCAGAGCACAACAACACUCCUCAGCCUAGGAAAGCAGAAAGGCUCCCCAGAAGUAAGGGAAAAACCAAACUCUGCCAGAUUAAGCCUGGGGACCAUUUGCCUAAUCAAGUAGAAGAGGAUAGGAACGCCAAAGCUUCACGAUGGAGGGGUAGACAGAACCGAGAAAAGCGCUUCACCUUCGUACUCGCAGUAGUGAUUGGAGUUUUUGUUGUCUGCUGGUUUCCUUUCUUCUUCACUUACACAUUGACUGCUGUUUGUAAGAGCUGCGAGGUUCCUGAUACCCUCUUCAAGUUCUUCUUCUGGUUUGGUUAUUGCAAUAGUUCCCUGAAUCCUGUCAUCUAUACUAUCUUCAACCAUGACUUUAGGAGGUCCUUUAAAAAAAUUCUCUGCAGAAUAGACCGGAAAAGAAUUGGGUGAAGCGGGGAUCUGUUUGAAAGGCAAGUCUUAGGUUCAGCUCUGACAGGAUAUUGGAAGUGGGUGGCACCUUGUCUGAUUACUAAGCAUUGACUCUUCAAAGGCUUCAGGUGAGAUAAAACAAUUAAAAUAUUAGUGCACAACCAGAACCCAACAGGAUGUGUGCCCAGGGAUGGAUCAAAAGUCUUAUUUUAGUGUGUUCUUUCUAUGUAUUUCAGCACAUUGAACAAAUGAGGCUGGGAAAGGAAAAUGUAAGUCAUAUCUUUCAGAAGCACUUUCUUUCUAUUUUCCAUCUAAGGUCCCUGACGUUAUGGUAUUGCAUCUUUGAGAUUUGUGCAUCUUUAACUUUUAUAGGAAAAUUAGCUUUAAACUGUUUUAAAUAUUUCUUGAGGACAUGCAUUCUCUAUGAAAAGCAAAAGAAAGAUACACAUUUGAGUGGACCCCUGCUGCCAUCUCAUCGAUUUCAAAUAUUAUAGUAUUAUAAUAUUCCAAAAUUUCCAAUAUGGUUCUGGAUGUUGAGAUAUAACAACUGGUAAUAUAAGCUUUGACACAAUGGCCAGUGUUUUAUUGUAUUCACUAUCUGUAUUUGUUUUUUUUUUUAAAAAAAUCAUGUUUGUCUUGUCUUUUUAAAAUGCAGUAUUGUUAAAAAGCUGUAUCUCUUAUUCUGUACCAAUUGAAAGAAUCAAAUAUGAAGGAUUUCACACUUAGAAAAGGAACUGUCAAAAAGCUGAGCUUUCUAAGACCUCAGAGAUAUAAGAUAAAGUAUUCUUUCUUUGUGAUCCUUUCAUUGAGAUACGUUCAGUACAACUUACUUCUUUCUCUAGUUGUAAAUAGAUACCGUAGAUGAAAUUCUCUGUUUACUUUACAAUGCUCUUUGAUUCACACUGAUUUUUUUACAAUUUCAUUUGUGCUAGCUCUCCUGUACAAAAACAUAUUUUUAUGUACUUCAUUUCUUCCUUUUUACCUAAUAUGAAACUAUACAAAUCAUUUCUUCCAACUGCAAAAUUGGAUUAUAGAACUCUUUUGAUUAGUCACAUCAUGAAUGUUAUUAUACAUGAGUAUAAAGGAGAAAGAAAAUGAAUAGAAUUAUAGUAGCAUGUAAAAAAUCAUGUUGACAUAGGAUAAAAUAUCAUUGUUAACUAUCUUCCUUGUUUGUUUUCCCCAAAAUACCUAUUGCAAGUUAAUUUUCUCAGCUCAUCAAACAAUUAUUAAAAGGGAAGCAAAAAACAUAAGAAUUUUAUUUUCGAUAUUAUGACAACAUAUUCAGUUAAAUUUACAAUCUGAUUAAGUACUUUGUAGCUGAUUAUGCUGGAAAAACUCUUCCUUUUAAAGCUAUAAAGUCGAUACAUUCUUGUUUUAUGUGCAAAUUUUUAUAUGGAUGACAGGGCCUUCUUGAAAAAAUGUCAACCUUACUCUAUGGAACAUUAUGGAUAUCCAGUCUUCAGACUUGUAUGCCUUCACUUUGGAUAUAAGGAUACAUAUCCAAUCUCUUAAAUAAAAAAAAUGAAUCUGACACUCCUAGUCAGUCUAAAACUAGAAUGCUAAUAGAGAAGGGAAAAGAAAAUAAGUUAUUAGCAACUAAUAUGUUACUUGUCUAAAAGCUCAUUUUUUAAAAAAAUAUUGAAGAGUUAAUUACAAAUGUUUGCAUAAAGUGUUUUUAACCCAGACUUUAAAAUUUCUUUUUUUAAAGACUCAUUUUCCAGUGCAAGGAAAUUCAUACUAUUUAUAUGGAGCUGUUUCUAAAAUGUGUAUUACUAUCCAAGGGCUCAAACUAAGGCGGGUGAUGGGGACAUAGGGAUAAAUACACCAGCACACGGUUAAAAAUAAUGCUGCCAUUAUAAGUCUGUUGCAAAGGUAUUGCAAUUUAGCAGGAUUGAGGCCAGACCUUGUUUAUGAAUCAGGCUGCUGGGUCGAUAUACAGUUUUCCUUGCAUUCAGUUUAAAAUGGGAAAGUCUACUGUUGCAGUAAAACAAGAUAAUAGUGCAAAGCCUGGGUGACUUCCCCUAUUUGUUGUAAUUGACAUUUGAAGUUUGGAAUUUUAAUACCCACUUCUUACCAGAAAAAUCAGGACACAUAGAUAAGGAGAAAAUUUUCUUUUUGAUGGAGGCAAUCUGUCUGCAUUGUGUUGUAUCUUGCAUGUCCCCAAUUUCAUGUUUUCCUGCUAUAUUUGAGCUGAAAUUUCCAGAGUUGUUCAUGAAGGCUGAGAAUUCCAGAGGAAAUAAGCCAACACAUUUGGAGACCCCAAUUUGGGGAAGGUUGAUGUAUUUCUAAUGCCCUGAAGGAGCUGAAUAGAAACAUCACAAACCAUUUAGCUGGCUUUUCCAGCCUUACAGAUGGUUUGUAACAAGGAAUUUAACUGCUAAAUUACUUUAUACAGUAAUCAGGAGCAGAGAUCCAAAUUUAAAUAGGAAAUUGAGAACCAUCUUUUUCAGUUAGUUUCCAAAUAAAACCUUUGCAAUGGUCUAUCCAUAAUAUGUAGGGAAAUCUUUUGAAAUGGCUUUCUUAUUAUAUAAAAAGAGUAGCUUAAAACUCAGGCCAGAGGGAAAGGCUAGAAUCAAUGGCUUAAAACUACAAGGAACUAGGUUCAGAUUAGAUUAAGCCAGUCCAACUCUCAGCCCACAGGCCAGAUGCAUCACACACAGGCCAUAUCCACCGAUCUGUGCAAAGUCAAAAAAAACAUUGUGAUCAAGUUUGAUAGCCAUGGAUUAGAUGUCAGGUAAAUAUCUUCACGAUAUGAACUGCAGUUGAGUGGAGUAAGAUGCACAGAAAGAAAUAGAAUGUAGUAGAUAAACAGGAUGGCCUUGAAGGACAAAAGGAAGAUAUUCAUAUAAAUGAAACCGGUGCCCAGGUCAAGAAAGUACUUUGAGAAAGUGUCUCAGACAGUGGUCUGACUGAUUUUCAUCAAGAUGAAAAAGGAAGGUAGCACAUUCAGACUUACAAAAUAAGCUACUUUAUUGCAACAAGCUGUUACAAUAAAGUAGCUUAGAUCUGGGUGGUGUCCAUUUCUUAGUCUCGUCUAUCUGAAAGGGUUGACAUCUUUGCCAAAAGUCUUCAAACAAACUAAACGGUGUUCUCUCAGAUGUUCUAGAGCAGGGGUCUCCAAACUUGGGAACUUUAAGACUUAGCUGGUUGAGGAAUUCUGGGACUUGAAGUCUACAAGUCUGCAGCAGUCUGUUGAAUUAGAUGUGAUGCUUCUAUAUCUCUUUGAACUGUUACAAUUUUAUGAUAAUAAGUAAAUACAGAGAAAAUUAAAUAUACUCAAGGCUUAUUUAGCUGGCCGUGUUAAUGAAGUUCCUUGAUCACACACUGAGCUCUUAGGCAGAAAAAUGGCUUCUGUACUUCCAGCAGUGGAGUGACCUCAGUUAGAUGAAUGGGAUUGGCUGUCUCCAGAAACUCAUCAGAAAAAAACCUAGAGAGCCUUCUUAUCAUCUGAAUAAUGAUUUAAGGUGUCAUAAAUGGUAACAUUUAGCCAUUUGGUCUGAAAUAGCACAAGGGAAAAGUUAAUUGGCCUUGUAAAAGAUCUUGGCUUGAGAAUGUGGGUUGCCUAUUUUGGGGGUUCUGGUAUUAAAUGUACUGUAUGAACAAGUAAACAAAUGCCUUACACUGGAAAAAAUAAAGUGAUUUCUGGAGUAUCUUUCUAAAUCAAAGUUGUAUCUGGUAUAACAAUCCCUCAAUACCAUGCCAUUUGACCUUUUUAAGAAAAUGUAACAUGUAAACAGAAAUAGCCAUAAUGGAUUUAUAAAUAAAUGAAUAAAAUUGGCACCUCUAAAG